UCCUCCCUCCCUCGCCGCGCCGCGCUUCCUUCUCGACUCCCAUGUCCCGUCUUCUCCUCCCAAUUUCACGCCUCCGCUUAUAAAUACCGGCAUUCCGGGGCACCCGGCCUCGACAAGCCCACCACGCCGCCCCCCCACUCCACCCGCCUAGGGCUCCGCGCCGUCCCCGAGGACAGGAGGACGCGGGCAUUGCCGAUCCAAACGCGCCGCCGCGUCAACUUUUCCCGCCAACUCACCUCCGCCGCCGCGUGAACUCGCCUCCGCCGCCGCUCCGAAACUGAUUAUGGAUCUGCUAAGGCAUCCCUUCAAGGGAGUUGUCACUGAUAUCAAAGGAAGGGCCACUUGGUACAAGCAUGAUUGGGUUGCAGGAGUCCACUCUGGCUUUAGGAUAUUGGCACCUACCAUGUAUAUCUUCUUUGCCUCUGCUCUUCCUGUCAUUGCCUUCGGAGCACAACUGAGCACAGCAACAAAUGGUAUACUCACAACAGUUGAAACAUUGGCAUCGACUGCGAUAUGUGGCAUCAUACAUUCAAUUCUUGGAGGGCAGCCUUUACUGAUUGUUGGAGUUGCUGAACCAACUAUUAUCAUGUACACUUAUCUCUACAACUUUGCCAAGAAUCAACAAGCUCUGGGUGAGAAGCUAUAUUUGGCGUGGGCUGGAUGGGUCUGCAUCUGGACUGCCAUCAUGUUGUUUCUUUUGGCAAUGUUCAAUGCUUCCAACGUUAUUAGCAGAUUUACAAGGGUUGCAGGAGAACUUUUUGGCAUGUUAAUCACUGUUCUGUUCUUGCAAGAAGCUAUCAAGGGAAUGAUUAGCGAAUUUAGUGUGCCCGAAGAUGCUGACAGCAGUUCACCAAUAUACCAAUUCCAGUGGCUGUAUGUCAAUGGCCUACUUGGUGUCAUAUUUUCAAUUGGCUUGCUGUAUACUGCAUUGAGGACCAGGCGGGCAAGGUCAUGGCUAUAUGGCAUAAGGCGGCUUAGAAGCUUUAUAGCUGAUUACGGCGUCCCACUUAUGGUGAUUGUGUGGACAGCAUUGUCGUAUACACUGCCAGGCAAGCUGCCUUCAGGAGUCCCCAGGAGGCUUUUCUCUCCACUUCCCUGGGAGUCAAGUUCACAGGGACACUGGACCAUAGCAAGGGAUUUGUUUUCCGUCCCUCCAGCGUAUAUACUUGCAGCCAUUCUGCCUGCUUUGAUGGUUGCAGGACUUUACUUCUUUGAUCAUAGCGUAGCUUCACAGUUGGCACAGCAAAAGGAGUAUAAUUUGAAGAAGCCUUCUGCCUACCACUAUGACAUUUUGGUCCUUGGAAUCAUGGUCCUGCUGUGCGGUUUGCUUGGCAUCCCUCCAUCUAAUGGAGUCCUUCCUCAGUCUCCCAUGCACACAAAAAGUCUUGCUGUCCUUAAGAGGCAGUUGCUAAGCAAAAAGAUGGUUGAUACUGCCAAGGAUAGCAUAGGGAGAAGUGCUACCACUUUGGAAAUAUAUGGCAAGAUGGAAGAAAUUUUCAUCGAAAUGGAUAGCGAACAGAAUACUGGUUCUGUUGACAAGGAGUUGAAGAACUUUAAGGAUGCUGUUCUGCAAGAAGGCAAUGAAGAAGGGAAAUUGGCUAGAGAAUUUGACCCUCGGAAACAUAUAGAAGCCCACUUGCCGGUUCGAGUGAAUGAACAGAGAUUGAGUAAUCUGCUGCAAUCCAUAUUGGUUGGUGGUUGUGUUGGAGCUAUGCCAGUUAUCAGGAUGAUACCAACAUCGGUUCUCUGGGGUUACUUUGCCUACAUGGCCAUUGACAGUCUACCAGGGAAUCAGUUCUGGGAGAGGAUACAGCUUUUGUUCGUUGCAGAAAGCCGACUCUACAAGGUUCUUGAAGGUCCCCAUGCAUCUUUUGUGGAGUCAGUGGUUCCCAAAACAAUAACCAUCUUCACGAUCUUUCAGUUGGUUUACCUCCUAAUAUGCUUUGGAAUAACAUGGAUACCGAUAGCCGGGAUCCUGUUCCCAGUGCCUUUCUUUCUAAUGAUUCUCAUCAGGCAGUAUCUCCUCCCCAAAUUUUUUGAUCCCAUCGUCUUGAGGGAACUCGAUGCAGCUGAGUAUGAAGAACUUGAUGGGAUCGCCCUUGAACACAAUCUGGAAGAUGAAGUAUCUGAGGUAGCAAGCUGUCCUAGCCGUCCUGAUGCAGAGAUAUUGGAUGAACUCACAACCAAUCGGGGAGAGGUAAAACACAGAACUUCAAGCCUGCGUGAAGAAAGACCAAUUCAGGUUGCUACAAAUGCGGUUCAGCCAAGCCUGUGAAGACAUAAAGUGUUUUUUUUUUCUGUAGAGGGAUGAUCCUCAAGCUGCAUUCCGUUGAUGUGAAUACUGUUGCUAUGUAAUGUACUGCUACUACUACUGCUAGUGUUGUACUUGGGUUUUUGACCCAAACGCAUCUGUGGGGAAGGUGUAAUUUGUAAGAACUGGUGUUUAUAGCGUAGACUACAUAGGAGCGACAGGAAGGGGAAGGGCCGAAAGGGAACGAGGUAGAAUAAUUAUCAAUGCAGAGUCUCAUAUUUGUUGAAUAGACUGUAGUAACCAAGUCCUUCAGUACAUGAUCAUCAAUGCAGAGUCUCAUAUUUGUUGAGUUUACAUUUA